AUGUCGUCCUCGGCUGCUUCGUCUUUUGCCGCGCUCAAGGCGCAGAGGGAUGCGCGAUGCAAUCCUCUCUUGGCACCACCCUCGGCCAGCUCCGACGACACCGCCGACCCCAUUCUCGACGCCACGUCUUCCGGUGCUGCUGCUGCUGCCGCCGCCGCGCCGAUUGGAUUCGGUCGGCCAUCACAGUCGCAAUCGCAACCCAUGCCCAUGCGAUCGGCGGCACAGCCCACGCCCCUGGGUGGCGCCAACGAUCCCAGAGCACCACGUCCCCAUGUCCCACGCAACAAGCCCGAACCAGGCGCAGCGGGAAGCCGUGUGAGGCUGCCCGAUAUCCAGGACCUCGAGCUGCGAUUCGACGCCAUCUCCAGCGAGCGUGCUCUCUUCUAUGCUCCUUUGCCCAAGAACGGCCCUUCGCCCGCCGACUUCCGCACCUCGAGCGCUGCCUCCGCCUUCUCCCCCGCUGGUGGCACGCCACGCUCGCUUUCGGGCUCCUACUCCUACUCCUACUCCCAGCUCCUCUCUAGCUCCUUCUCGGCGCCCGGCGGAUGGGCAGCGGCAGGCAUCUCGGCCUGCCGUCCCGGCGACGUGCUCCUCCGCUUGCGGCCCGAAGUCGCCGUGCUCUCCACCGCACUGCUCGAGCAGCGUUGCUCCGCCUGCUACUCGCCGCCCUCCCCCGCAGAUGCAUCCAAUGCCACCGCUGGUGCCAACAAGCUCCAACGCUGUUCCGGCUGCAAGGUGCUGCGCUACUGCUCGGCCGCGUGUCAGCGCCGCGACUGGCCCAGCCACCGCGACGAGUGCAAGGCGCUCAAAGCGAUUCAGCAGCUCCACACCUACCGCUCGGCUUUGCGCCAGCAGCGACGCCUCGACCAGCGUCUCGCCGAUCGCUUCGCAAAGAGCCACGGCGGAAGCGCUCCUUUUGCCAUCGGCUCGUUUCAGGACAACGACGAGGUCAUGGCCGCUGCCACAGCCACGGGCGAGCCACACGGCGCCGACAGCGACGCAGACUCGGCCGACGCAGACGCAGACGCCAAGCGUGGCGAUACCAGCCCCGUGGACCGUCUGCGUCUGCCGAGCUCGAUGAUGCGUGCGCUCGCUCGAUGGAUCUGGGCACGCAGUCGCAUCGGCACAGGCGGCAAGGACAAGGCGAGCGGCGACGCGGGCGAUCUGCUCGAGCUGUGCUCGCACCGCGAACGAUACGCACCCGAGGAGCUGCAGCAGCAGGCGCAGCUCGCGCUCCACCUCGCACAGUACCUCACCGCCCACGCGCGCGCCGCCGCUACGUUUGGACCCGUUUCGCGCGGCGAGGCGAAUCUGGACGAGAUGAUGCAACCCGAGGCCGAGUUCUCGCAGGGCGAUGCGCUGCGUGCGCUUGGCAUCGAAUCGGCCACCGAGCUGCUCGACCUCGUAUGCCAGUUCUCGUCCAACUCGUUUACGCUCACCGACAGCGACCUGAAUCCGCUCGGCGUGUGCAUGCACGCGAGCAUGGCCAUGCUCAACCACUCGUGUACACCCAACGCCGCCGUCGUGUUUCCGUUUGGCGGCGCGGCCAGGUCGGGCCAGCAGAAUUGGAGCGAUGGCGAAGAUGCCAAGGUGAUGCAGCUCGUGGCGCUGCGUGCGAUCGAGCCGGGCGAGGAGCUGCUCAUCUCGUACGUCGAUGUGGCCGAUGCGUACGAACAGCGUCGCAGCGCACUCCAGAAGCGAUACUGCUUCGAGUGCCGCUGCGAGCUGUGUCGCAAGAGCCAGGCCAGGCGAGCGCCAGCGCAGCCAUUUGCACCGUCGAGCCACUGGGUCGAUCCGCGCACCGCCGUGGGAUGUGCGCAUCGAUGUGGCGGCUGGAUCGACGGUGCGCUGCUGGAGUCGGCCGAGCCACACGCGGCCAAGUGCAACAAGUGCGGGUCGCCCGCCGGCGUCUCUGCAUCGGAUGUGGCACAGGAUCGGGAGCACACUCGAGAUGCGCUCACCAGGGCGUCGCGGCUGCUGGAGCGGAACGAGGCCGAGGCGGCGUGGAACGAGUGCGCGACGGUGUUGCCGAUGCUGGUGGAGCGGUAUCCGCCGUCGUGGCAGCCGCUGUUCCAGCUGCUGCGACUGUCGACCACGUGUCUGAUCGAGGCGGGCUCCAAUGCGCUCUCGCAGCAUCACGUCGAGGGGCCCAACGAGUCGGCGGCCAUGUACUGCUUUGACGAGGCGGUGCGCAUGCAAAUGCUCUUUGUGGCCGGCACGCAGGCGUCCAACACGCCCAUGUAUGCCAAGGGCCAUCCCGCACGUGCUAUCGCCAUUGCAACGCUCGCCAAGCUCGCGCUUGCGCAGCUCGACCAUGUUGCACGUCCGCCAUCCGGAUCGGCGCAGCCUGUGUUGCCAGAUCAUGUGGCUCCCAACGCGACAGUGUGCCGUGCUGCUGUGGACGGAACGAAUGCAAGGGGUGGACAGACACUGUCGAUCCUCAGGGAUCCACCGAGCGUGCCGGACGAGAUGCGCGUGGAUCUGGCCAAGCAGUUGCUGGUUCAGGCGGUCGAGGAGCUCGACAUUGGCUUUGGCAGGUCCAACCAGGGCGGCCGCACGGGUCACGAGAUGCGCGCAGCCCUCAACGAGAUGCAGCAGGAGCUCCAACUGCUCGCCCAGACCAGCGCCAUGUCCGUGUCCUAA